GCCACCUUUGACCUUUGUUUUUUUAAUAGAGGAUCGAUCAGGAGCUAGCUAGCUGUAGGAUUUCCAUGCAAUGUAGCCAGCCACCAUGUCCACUAUAUGCCAUGUGUGUGGAGGUACUGAUAUCGAGUAUGACCAGGCCAGAGGAGAUGCCGUGUGCACUAGCUGUGGCUCUGUGCUGGAGGACAACAUCAUUGUCUCUGAGGUGACAUUUGCUGAGUCCACUGGAGGAGGGUCCUCUGUCAUUGGACAGUUUGUCUCCGCUGAGCACUCCAAGAGUCAUGUGAGUGGGGGUGGGUUUCAUCAUGGAAUGGGCCGGGACUCCAGAGAGAUCACACUCCAGAAUGCCAAGAGAAGGAUAAUGGACCUGGGUCAGCGUUUGAGACUGAACCAGCACUGUAUAGACUCGGCCUUCAUGUUCUUCAAGAUGGCUCUACAGAUGAACCUCACCCGGGGGAGGAAGUCCAAUAUUAUCGACACAGCCUGUUUAUAUCUGGUCUGCAGGAGCGAGGGCACUCCACAUCUUCUCUUAGACUUCAGUGAUGUUUUGCAGAUCAAUGUGUAUGCUCUGGGAAGAGCCUUUCUCAAAUUGUCCAACGCUUUACACAUCAACCCUCCAGCGAUCGAUCCGUGUUUAUACAUCCACCGGUUUGCCCACAAGCUGGAGUUGGGUGACAAGACUCACGAGGUCUCCAUGACGGCCCUUCGACUGGUCGCCCGGAUGAAGAGGGACUGGAUCCAUCACGGCAGAAGACCCUCAGGGCUCUGUGGAGCAGCUUUGUUGGUUGCCUCUCGUCUUCACAACUUCAGUCGUAGUGUGCGUGAGGUUGCCAAGGUGGUGAAGCUCUCGGAGGGUACCGUUCGCAAGAGACUGGGGGAUUUCCGAGAUACGCCUUCCAGUCGUCUCACGAUUGACGAGUUCCUCAAGGUUGACCUAGAGCAAGAACAUGACCCACCCAGUUACCUGGAGGCCAAGAAGAAAGCUAAAGCUGGUGUUGAGACGAAGGCCCACCCUCUAGCCAACAAUCUGAAGAGUGUGGGGGCGGCAAACACUCCGACUUGUGAUUCUAGUGACUCUAGUGACUCUGAUGACUCUGUUGGAAGGCGUGAGGGAAGUGAGGGAAGUGAGGAGAGUGUGGGUGGGGGAACUGAUGACGAUGAGGAGGGGGGCGGUUUCAGCGGCAUACGGAUGGAAUCGGUGAAGGAUAUUAUCGCCAAAGCAAGAUAUGUCGAGUCGUAUCUUCGAGGAGGAACAGAUGCGGACGUGGGGGAGAAUUUGGAGGAGCUGGCCCAAAUGGUUGAUGAUGACCAAGAGCCUAAAGAUGAGGAAGAAGUGGUAGAUGUUCCGCUGACUGUGGAUGAAUCGUUGGAUGAUUUGGAUGACAACGAACUUGACGAGAUGAUUCUGUCUCAAGAAGAGGUUGAGAUUAAGAGCAAGCUGUGGUUAGCUGAGAAUGGAGACUUCCUCGAGGAGCAGAAGUUGAGAAGACAGAGGGUGCAGCAAGAAAAGGUUGAGAAGGAUAAACAAAAGAAAAGACACUUCAAGCCACGGAAACCAAAAGCGUCUCAUUCGGGACUGGCCUCUACAGCUGGGGAAGCUAUCGAGAGGAUGUUGGUGGAGAAGAGAAUAUCCUCCAAAAUCAACUACGAUGUGCUCAAGGACCUAGCUGACGGGUUCGGCUCCUCUGCCAGCGAGAUCAAUAACCUUACUAACUCAUCCUCACAGCCAGUACCACAGGAAGAUGACGUUAAAGACGGUGUAUUACCACCCAUCACUCGGACACCACUGGUUGCUAGGGGAAGGCUGCCUUCACUGAGUGCCAGGAAGAGGACGUUUUCUACUCUUGAGGCAUCACCAACUAUGGAACCAAAGCUGCCAAGGUUACAAGGCUCUAAGGAGAGACAGAGAGCCCUGCCUAUUUACAAGCCCACCCUUGAACCACGGUCAGAGCACGCUGAAGACCUCCUCCCUCCUGUGAUAGACUCAUCCCUGGACAAACUAACUACAUGUGAGGGUGUGAGAGAGGUGGUGGUGGAGGAGAGUGGGCCAGUACAGUACGAUGAGGAGGGGCUAGACGACGGGGAGAUGGAGGAGCUGGCGUACGAGGACGACCCUUUAUUACAGAGCGAUUAUGAGGAUGAAGGUAACUAUUUUGACGAAUAGGAUUUCUGGUUAUAGCUGAUGCAGCAAUUAUUUGGAACCAAGUCCUACACCUUCCGAAUAUAUAGUGUACCGAUAUCGAUUUUGUGUAUAUAUAUAUAUGACAUGGCCCAAUCAGUUUUCAAUUCAUCUUUUGUACAAAAUUCCACGGUAGGUAAUUCUCAUCAAAUGAUUUUGUUUAUAUAUACAAUUUAUUGCGAUGUUCUCCUGCA